CUGGCAGACGGAUCAACUUUGGAGGCCCACCAUUUGGAAAUUAGGCAAUUUUGAGACGAAUGACUUUGGAUUGGGGCCUCAGCCACCUUCUUCUACACGUUUCACUGAGUAACUCCGAAAUUUCGGAAAAAACCCUGAUAAUACCUUUAAUAAAGAGAUCAAAAUUUUGUUUGAUAUUUUUCAGUGCGCAGAAAACGCUUCCUGUCAACAUGACUCUCGAGAAUAUUGACACCGGCAAUACCCCGGGGUAUUAGUUCUCUAUAUACCGUACGGUAUCAAGCGGUAUCGUACGGUAUACUAUAUAUGGCCUUGGUAUCAAGACCAUAUAUAGUAUUCAUUCUAAUGCAUGCAUUGGAAGCUGUCUUUUUUUUUGCUCGGCCAGCCUAGCGCCAGUCUUGAGCGUUGAGCGGAGGAAGCUCUCUGCAUUUUUUUUUUUAGCAAAUAAGCGAAAUAAGCUAGUCAAGUUCGGCUUGGCCUACCUAGCAAUGGAAUUUGAUGAAGACGAUUUCAUCUUUAUUGAAUCUGACACACCAGCAGAGCAGUUGGAGACAUUGACACCACCCAGGGCUGAACAGCCAAAGCAUCAGCCUGCCUAUGGAAAACAUUCAAGCCUGGAUGAUGCAGAGCCAUCAACAUCAAAACCAAAACUCAAGAGAAGCUUUAGGACAAGCCCUGAGCCACAAGGCCUGGACUUGGCAGGUCAGUCUCGGCCAGGUACCAGCGGCAAGAAAAAGAAGAAAGGUGCUGAUCCAGACAGCGAGGAAGAACGCUGGCUGGACGCUCUAGAGGAGGGCAACCUCGAGCAGGUGGACGAUGAGCUAAAGAAGAUGCGGAACCCGCUGCUGAUGACCGCCCGCCAGAGGGCCCUGCUCGACAAACGCUCCGGUGAUGACAGCAUGGAGAGCUUUCCGGCCGAGCCGCUGCUGGCGCUGCCCUCCGGUUACCGGGAGAAAACUGAGAUGACGGCGGAGAUGGUGGAAAGGCACAAGAAGAAAACCGAACGGCGUCGAGAGCAGGCCAAAAAGCAUCGAGAAGAAGAAAAGAAAAAGACCGUCAGUAGACUACUGAACAAGUCCGAGUCUCGGGCCGGCCGCGGCGCCGCUAAAGCCAAGGCUGCUGCCGCCGCUGCCGCUGCCGUUCCUGCCAUUGUGUACCGACAGACUGUGACUGGGUCCGAGCUGCGUCUACCGGUCGGGGUGGCCGCCCCGAUCACCGCUCAGCCUCCCAGGGCGCCGCCGAAGCCACGGCUGUGCGGUGUGGCCGGCUGCUCCAACCCGCGCCGAUACAGCUGCUCGGUGACUGGAGUCCCCCUCUGCAGUCUGGAGUGUUUCCGAGCAAUCGCGGCGCAGAGGGCGCGGACGCAGAAAACACCAACGGUCAGCGUGACAUCGUGACGGGGGCGCGCCGUGAGUGUGACAUUUUGAUAAUUGCGUGACGGUGUUGUCGUUUGGGUGUGAUCAUAUUUUGUAAAGCUUCACCUCAUCAUCAUCAUCAUCAUAUCAUUAUCAUUAUUUGCCAAAAUACAAUAAAAUGAGUAAA